CGUCAACAGUAGAACCAGAGUUAGAAAGCCAUCUUGUUGCCGUAUUUGCUGGAUAUCUGCAUCAUUUCUUCAUAAUUGUACGUAAACGGGCUCUGCGCGGUGCGAACCAGUAAGCGACCACGGGUUUUGCGUUUCUGGACUUUGCGGAUUUUGGAUCUAGACGUGCAGCAAGCGCCGUAAACACCGAAUUCGGCUCUAUGACGAAGAUCAGUGCACCGCAUAGCAUCACGGACAUGCUGCAGCGGAGUGGCAUCAGUGUUCGCAGAGUGAAUUAUCCGGGACGGUAGAAUUCUAGGAACCACACCUAAGAUGCUCAUAUAUAAAGAACGAGCUUCUCCCCCUCACCUUUGCAAUUUAUCAAUAUUGCACAAGCACUGAAGCACACAGCACACUGAAAUCCCACAGUCAGUCAGCCAUCUCAUCCAACGAUUCAAACGACCUGAAAGCUCUACAACCUUCGAACAUGCCGCAGCUCGUCGGAAAAGAAGUUGGCCCAAUUGGCUUCGGCCUCAUGGGCUUCACCUGGCGCGCCAACCCAUGUUCCAAGGAGCAGGCCUUCGAGACCAUGAGAGCCGCUCUAGAUAACGGCAUGAAUUUCUGGAAUGGCGGAGAGUUCUACGGUACGCCUGAAUACAACAGCUUGACGUUGUUGGCCGAGUACUUCGAGAAAUACCCGGCAGACGCCGACAAGGUGAUUCUCAGCAUUAAGGGAGCCGUAGGGAAUGGAGGCACCGCCCCGGAUGGCUCGCCUGAAGGUGUUCGCCGCUCCGUCGACAACUGCCUGAAGCUCCUGAAGGGUCGUAAGACGAUCGAUAUUUUCGAAUGCGCCCGCCGCGACCAGAACGUGCCUUUGGAAGUAACGUUCGGCGUUCUCGACAAGGAGUAUGUCCAGACUAGCAAAAUCGGGGGCAUCAGCCUCUCGGAGGUCAAGGCUUCGACCAUCCACGAAGCCGCCAAGAUCACGAAGAUUGUGGCAUGUGAAGUUGAGCUUUCGCUGUUUUCUACUGAUGUGCUCAAUAACGGCGUUGCGGCUGCUUGUGCCGAACACAACAUUCCACUAAUUGCGUACUCGCCUAUCGGUCGCGGGAUGUUAAGUGGUCAAAUCAAGACGCUCGAUGACAUACCCGCCGACAGCCAUCUACGGCACUUUCCCCGGUUCCAGCCAGACACCUUCUCGAUCAACAUGCAGCUGGUGAAGCAGAUCGAUGAUAUCGCGGAGAAGAAAGGCUGCACCCCAGCACAACUGGUUAUCAAUUGGACCAAAACGGUCGGCAAGAAGUCUGGAAUGCCAACCAUCAUUCCGAUUCCCGGAGCUACGACAGCCGCCAGAGUAAAUGAGAACGCGAAAAGCGUGCAGAUCAGCAAUGCGGAGAUGGCUGAGAUCGAUUCUACGUUGCAGAAGUUCGAGGUCGUGGGAGCUCGAUAUCCUACAUAUGUGCCCACUGAAGGCUAGAUGUACAUGAAUCGCAGCUACGGGCUCAUUAGCUUGCUUGCUCAUGGCAGAGAGAAUGAAUAGAGGUGUAGGAUAUUUCAACAGUCAGAUCAAGAAGUUCUCCACAUUUUCGACCCCAAAGGAUCUUGUCAGAAUUGCAGAAUUCUUGUAAUAGUCAUCACGCUGAAUGGGGAUAGAAUAGAAAUAGGAUUGUUUUCAUACUCACAA